ACUUCUGAAAGAUGUGGAGUUUGGGAAUGGGAAAUAACCUCAGGGCUGAGGUGAAGCCUUUUCGCCACCCUAAUAGAAGGAGCGAGAAGAGUUAGAAAAGGGAGUCGGGGAAGAGUAUUUUCUCGGAACGUGGUAGGGGUUUUAGAUUCCUGCUAUUUGCACUCUAUUACUUUCAGUUUGUCCUUUUGAAGUCACUUCCGCUUUGGGACGGACACAGGCCAAACCCGUGGCGGGAGUUGGAGAUUCUGCAGCGGAUACACCAGGAUCAUCAUGUCCAGAGGUCAUAGCAUAAAAAAGUCUCUUACACCUCAAAUUUCUUAUUCGACAAGUGAAUCUUACGAACAGCUGGAUUUUUUGCCUGACAAACUAAGAGCAAAGCUGCUUCCUUUCCAGAAAGAUGGCAUCACUUUUGCCCUGAGAAGAGAUGGCAGGUGUAUGGUGGCUGAUGAAAUGGGUUUAGGAAAGACAGUUCAGGCAAUUGGCAUCGCUUACUUCUAUAAGGAGGAAUGGCCUGUUUUAGUAGUGGUCCCUUCAUCUCUGAGGUACCCUUGGACUGAAGAAAUAGAGAAGUGGAUCCCGGAGCUGAGUCCUGAAGAAAUCAAUGUUAUCCAGAAUAAAACUGAUGUUGGGAGAAUAUCAACCAGCAAAGUGACAGUUCUGGGUUAUGGCCUUUUAACCGCAGAUGCGGAGACUCUGAUAGAUGCACUGAAUAAUCAGAACUUCAAAGUAGUUAUUGUAGAUGAAUCACACUACAUGAAGUCCAGAAGUGCAACUCGCAGCCGGAUUUUAUUGCCUAUAGUACAGAAAGCCAAACGAGCCAUUCUGCUUACAGGAACUCCAGCAUUGGGAAGACCCGAAGAGCUUUUCAUGCAGAUUGAAGCUCUCUUUCCACAAAAAUUUGGAACAUGGACUGAGUAUGCCAAAAGAUACUGUAACGCACAUGUCAGAUAUUUUGGUAAAAGACCUCAGUGGGAUUGCAGAGGGGCAUCAAAUCUUAAUGAACUUCAUCAGCUAUUAAGUGACAUAAUGAUUAGAAGAUUAAAGGCUGAAGUUUUAACCCAGCUGCCCCCUAAAAUCAGACAGCGUAUUCCAUUUGAUCUUCCAUCAGCAGCAGCCAAGGAAUUGAAUUCCAGCUUUGAAGAGUGGGAAAAAUUAAUGAGAGCUCCAUAUUCAGGUGCCACCGAGACUGUCAUGGGGUUGAUUACUCGCAUGUUUAAACAAACUGCUAUUGCCAAGGCAGGUGCUGUAAAGGAUUAUAUUAAGAUGAUGCUUCAGAAUGAUUCACUUAAAUUUCUGGUUUUUGCUCACCAUUUAAGCAUGCUCCAAGCUUGCACAGAAGCCGUUAUAGAAAACAAGACUCGUUAUAUCAGGAUAGAUGGAAGUGUUCCAUCUUCAGAAAGAAUACAUCUGGUUAAUCAGUUUCAAAAGGACCCUGAGACUCGAGUGGCUAUCCUCAGCAUUCAGGCUGCUGGUCAGGGUUUGACAUUUACUGCUGCAACUCAUGUUGUGUUUGCUGAGUUGUACUGGGAUCCUGGACAUAUAAAACAAGCAGAAGACCGUGCUCACCGGAUUGGACAAUGCAGUUCUGUGAAUAUUCACUACCUUAUUGCAAAUGGAACUCUAGACACCCUUAUGUGGGGAAUGUUGAAUCGCAAGGCUCAGGUUACAGGAAGCACACUGAAUGGGAGGAAGGAAAAACUUCAGGCCGAGGAGGGUGAUAAGGAAAAAUGGGAUUUCCUGCAGUUUGCUGAAGCUUGGACUCCAAAUGAAAGGUCUGAAGAGCUCAGGGAUGAAAUGUUGUUCACUCGUUUUGAAAAAGAAAAACAGCAUGAUAUUCGAUCAUUCUUUCUACCAAACGCUAAGAAAAGACAGUUGGAGACCUCCUGUGAUGAAUCAAGGGUAUCCCAGGAGAAAAAUACUAUAGUGCCAGCAGACCCUGGAAAAACAGCUACAAGAGGUGAUGAAAGUGAUCUUGAACCUGAAGCUAAAAAACUGAAAUCGGUCGCCAUCAAUGACCCUUGCAGGCCCCCCGAGGAGAAACCCUGCCGGCCUGGGCAGGCCGAAGCUCGGCUCGCGGUCGGGGCCUGCGAGGCCAAGGCCCAGGCCACUAGCCCAGCCCUUCGUGGUGAGGGCUGGCAGUGUGCUUUCUGCACCUACAUCAAUAACUCAGUGUUACCCUACUGUGAAAUGUGUGAGAAUCCGCGGGGCGGUGCUGAUAGCCUCAGCCACACCCAGAAUAAAAACAAAAACGAGAAAGAUGAUUCUCAGGACAUCUCCAAAAAAAUUCAGACUAGUUCUGAUGGGGAGAAACAAGUCCUGGCACAUUCAGCACCUGAACCGUUAGCUGAGAGCAAGGAAGAAAUUUCAACAACUGAGAGUGAAGACAGACUCACCCCCCAGCCAAGUGAUGCACAGUUGAAGAACUGGCCAGUGUAUGAUACCCUGAUGUUUUGUGCAAGUAAGAAUACUGACCGGAUUCACAUCUAUACUAAGGAUGGAAACCAGAUGAACUGUAAUUUCAUUCCUUUGGAUAUAAAAUUAGACCUGUGGGAAGAUUUACCAGCAAGCUUUCAGCUGAAACAAAAUCGCUCCCUGAUCUUGAGGUUUGUUCGAGAAUGGAGUAGUCUAACUGCCAUGAAGCAGAAGAUAAUCAGGAAAAGCGGGCAGCUGUUCCGCAGCCCAGCUCUGGCUCUGGAAGAGAUCGCAAAGCACCAAACCAAACAAAACAGCACCAAGAGAUAUAUAACGAAAGAAGAUGUUGCUGCAGCCUCGAUGGACAAGGUGAAGAAUGACGGGGGGCAUGUCCGACUGAUCACAAAGGGGCCCAGGCCAGGGGACCCUUCUACAAAAGAAUUUCUUGAAGGUGGAGAAUGUGUCCCAUUUCUAAAUCCCUGCACGGCCCAAGGUGAUCUCAUUCUGAAGGCUUCUACAUUCAAAGGCUAUUUGCAGGCUGUGGAUAACGAAGGAAAUCCACUUUGCCUUCGCUGUCAGCAACCCACUUGCCAAACUAAGCAAGAGUGUAAAGCAGAUGCUUGGGAUUCACGGUUCUGUUCUCUGAAAUGUCAGGAGGAGUUUUGGAUUCGAUCUAAUAAUAGUUACCUGCGAGCCAAAGUAUUUGAAAUUGAACAUGGUGUGUGUCAGCUGUGUAAUCUGAAUGCACAAGAACUCUUUUUACGUCUGAGAGAUGCCCCUAAAAGUCAGAGGAAGAGUCUUCUGGAUGCUGCCUGGGCCUCAAAGCUCCCGUUAGAACAGCUUAAUGAAAUGAUAAGAAACCCAGGGGAAGGGCAUUUCUGGCAGGUGGACCACAUCAAGCCUGUGUCUGGUGGAGGAGGGCAGUGCUCCCUGGACAACCUGCAGACCCUCUGCACAGUCUGCCACAGAGAGAGAACUGCCCAACAAGCCAAGGAAAGAAGCCAGGUGAGAAGACAAUCUCUAGCAUCAAAGCAUGGAUCAGACAUCACACGAUUUUUGGUAAAGAAAUGAAGCAUAAACAUUUUUAAAUGGAUGACAUAUGGUUUGUAUGUGGAGAAUUCACCAAAUAUUUUUUGUGCUUGUCUAAUAUUUUAAAAGUGAAAAAUUUCAAAACACAAAUCAAGAAUUCAUCUUCCCUUUUAAUGUUAAAUGCUUUUCAUGUAAUACUUUUUGAAAGUACUUAACUGAAAUACAAUACUAAAUAUUUUUAUGAUCUUCUUGAUAUCCAUUAUAUUUCAGUAAAGUUUUGUUAAGCUUUCAAUUUCCACUGACUAUACCUUAAUCACUGUAUUGUGCAUAGAUUGUUUUUGAAAAAUACACCCAAUUACUUGAAAAAUGCUGCUGGGUUAGUAUUGGUCAUAGACUGCUAGAUGCCAAAAUGCAACACUGUAAAGCCAUAAGGGAAAUUUUGGAGGCAAAAUCAUUAUUCAGGAAUUCUAGACCAAUUAUGACCUCCUUGCUUAGUAUGCAGGAGAGAUUCUUGUUCACUAAAUGCCUCCAAAAUGAACCUGGGGUGCAUAUUUUGAGUGUUGUCUUUCUUUUAUUUCUUAGCCAGUUGUCUUUAUUGAAAAGAUGCUUUUGAAAAUAACCUAAUUGGACCCAUGGUGUUUGUGGACAAUUCAGGGAUUCUGGCUGAAGUAACUGUUAAAACAUGUUUUAAAAAACCAAAAUACCAUUUAAACUUCAUUUUUUAAUCUGUCUUAAUGCAUAAAACUAGGCUUACUGUCAAAGCA